AUUCGGGAACCGCAAACCUUCGCCAGUGCCCUCGCUUGCAACCGCCGCUCCCUCACUGACCCCCAGCCGUUCCCUCUAUCAUGCGCUCUCUCACCCUGACUUCCUUUGCCGUUGCGUCCAUGUGGGCCUUUGCCCUGGCGGCUCCCUCGCAGCAGCGUCUGCCCCAGGCCGACCACAUCCUUGCUCGCCGCGACUACUCGGCUGUCCCUUCGGUCACCACCACCACCGUUGCCCCCUCGGUCAUCACGACAACUACCUCUGCUGCUGGCUUUGCUGCCACUUCAACUGUAUCUCAAAGCUAUAACAGCAACAACAACAACAACAACAACAACAACAAUGGAUAUGACCAGAAGAAGAAGGACGAGCAGAAGAAGAUUGAUGACCAGAAGAAGAAGGACGAGCAGAAGAAGAUUGAUGACCAGAUGCAGAAGAAGAAGGACGAUCAGAAGAAGAACGAACAGAACAAGAACCAGUAUGGUCAGAACAAGAAGGACGACCAGAACAAGAACCAGAACAAGAACCAGUAUGGUCAGAACAAGAAGGGCGAAGAUAAAAAGGUCAACUAUGUCAGCAAAAAGAUCAUCUCCAGCGACCAAAGACAGAGUGCCGACGUCUUCUUCCCUGGCUUCCAGCACCAGGCCAACUCUGGAAAGAACUCGGCCGACCUGUUUGUCCUCAACUUUGCCCUUACUCUGGAGCAUCUCGAGAGCGCCUUCAACAGGGAGGGCCUGUCCAGAUUCAAGAACAAGGACUUUGAGCGUGGAGGCUUCUCCCGCUAUAUCCGCGACGAAAUCAAGAUCAUUGCCUUUGAUGAGUCCACCCACGUCACCACCCUGAUCAGCGUGAUCGAGUCCUCCUUUGGCAAGGGCAAGGCUGUUUCCCCCUGCCGCUUCAACUUUGGUCUCCGUGAUGUCAACAACUUCCUCGCCAUCGCCCAGAUCCUUGAGCGCACCGGUGUUCAGGCCUACGAUGGCGCCAUUCGCUUCAUCGAGAACGACGACAUCAAGAAUGCCGGCGCUGCCAUUGCAACUGUCGAGGGACGCCACUCGUCUUUCCUCAACAUCCUUAGCCACCGCCACAUCUCCGAUGGUCCCUUUGAUGCCCCCCUGGGUGUGCGCUCCGUGACUUCGAUUGCUGCGAGCUUCAUCGAGAGCUGCCCGUUCGAGUUCCCUGUCCAGCCUUUCGAUGUGCUCGAGAUCCGCAACAUCCGUGUGCGUAUUAAUACCGAAAUCGAGUUCCGGGUCAGCGGCUACGGUGCCUCGGACUUUUCUUCCCACUUCUGCGCCAUCGUCUACGGACUGAGCCAGAAGCGAGUGGGCGUCAAGGUCCGCAACAACAGCGUCUUUUGCGAUAUCCCCACGGACCUGCGCGGCUUCAGCUCGGCCUUCAUCUUCCUGGUCAAUGCCGAUGCCGAUGUCUCCGUCGAGGACGACAGCCACGUUGUUGCCGGACCCACCUCCAUCGACAUCAUCGACUCGAUCUACUAAGGCGCUCUUCCACGACACCUGUGGAUCACUGAUCUCAGAACCCCCACCUCCUGGCAUAUACGGCCCGCGCUGCUCUUGCUGCUGCUGACGGGACCACCUGAGCCUCGAUUUCUCCCUUUUUCUCUUGCGCUGGUACUCCUUUGCGUCGUAAUAUGUUCCAGGCAAACGAAACUGACGCCCAGUUCUUGCGGGCUUGCAGACGACCGUGUCCUCCCCACGCCCUUCGCUUCAUGUGCAUCCCACACCACUGCCUUUGUAAUAUUGUGUAUUUCUUCAUUCAGUUCUUUCCUUUUGUCGCUGUAAAAGCAUGUUUUCGGUUCCAUUCUGACUUGCUGGCAGCCAGGAGGACAAUCUCCGGUUGCCAAGUUGUGAAUCCCUGUGGGAAAGCAACAAUACGACAGGUAUCCCAAAUGCUUCA